CCAUUGUGAACUUUUGACCUAAGGAGGGGAAAUACUCAAAUGAACUGUUAAACUUCACCACCUCGACUCUUUCUUGGUUAUUACCUAAACAGCCCAAUCCAGCUGGCGACAACCCCAUACAUUAAAAUCUCCAUAGAUCGUCGUCAAUCGCUCAAUUAUCGUCCUCUCGCCUUCGCGGCUUCGUUCAUCAUGGCGCCGACUUCGGCCUCCAUCACUGCCCUCGCGCCCCUCAAACCUGACCUUCACGAACGCGCCUGGGCCUCGGUUCCUCACCCGACUCUUCCUCUAAUCGCAACCGCUCACGGAAAGGCCGUCACUGUGUUCUCUCUCUCGACUGCUUCGGCCCACAGCGUCCUUACCGGAGGCCACACCCGCUCCGUCCGCUCCAUCGCAUGGAAGCCCCAUCUGCGCCCCGGCAACCUAUGUCUCGUCACUGGCAGUUUUGACUCUACGGCUGGAAUAUGGCGCUGGGAGGGCCAAGAACAGACCGAGGGAGGCCUGGAGGUUGAGGUCACGGCGCAGAGCGUGCGGAGGAGAAAUAAUGAUGAUAGCGACGAUGAUGGCGAUGCUACCAGCAAGGAGUGGGAGUUUACGCUUGUGCUCGAGGGUCACGACUCGGAGAUCAAGUCUUGCGCCUUCAGCCCCUCGGGUUCUUAUCUAGCUACGUGCUCGCGCGACAAGUCAGUCUGGAUAUGGGAGGAUAUCGGCGCAUCUGAGGAAGACGACGAGUGGGAGACCAUCGCUGUGCUUAACGAACACGAGGGCGAUGUCAAGGCUGUUGCUUGGUGUCCCGACGUCCCUGGCCGCAACGCUCGACGCAGCUACUCGGCCGACGUGCUCGCCAGCGCAAGUUACGACAAUACAGUGCGCAUCUGGCGAGAAGAUGGUGAUGCAGAAUGGGUUUGUGUUGCUGUUCUUGAGGGUCACGCGGGCACUGUCUGGGGGCUUCAAUGGGAGCCACGACCCCGGGAGGGAGAUCGCUUCCCGCGACUCUUGACAUUUUCUGCCGAUAACACUAUCAGGGUAUGGACGUUGAGGCAGGACGAUGAGGCGGAGGAGAAUAGUACGGGAGGUGUUGCCGGUGCUCUUGGUGGUAUCCCCAAUACGAUGCGGAGAUCUCUACGAGAAGAGUGGACAUGCACAUCUGUCUUACCCAAGGUGCAUACCCGCGAUAUCUACUCUGUGACAUGGAGUGCACAGACAGGACUCGUAGCGAGUACUGGCAGCGAUGGGAUCGUUGCGCUAUACGCCGAGGACUCGGAGCAACAUGUCACGACAACCGACAGCCAAGACCAAACCAUGGGUAACACCGAGGAGAGCAAGCAACAGCAGACGAAUUGGAGACUCCUAACUUCGCAACCCGGAGCUCAUGGACCCUUCGAGGUUAAUCAUAUUACCUGGUGCCGGAGAUACGAUGCCGCCUCGGAGCGGCGCGGGGAAGAGGAGAUGCUAGUUACAACGGGCGAUGACGGGAUCGUACGGCCGUGGCAGGUUGAGAUUGACGCGCCAAGGUAGCAUUGCAUCUUGUUGAGAUAAUAAAUACAACCGAAAAUAGACUCACUCACUUAUACUUUGAACCAAAUGUGAAUAUCAAUAGGUUAGAUAGAUGUAUCGUCUACGCAAUGCCAGAUGUAGAAAAUGAAACGACC